AUGGCCUCAAAGAAGAACGCUACCUCGGGGAAAGCCAGCCAGAUGUCCCAAGAGAAGAAGGCCCAAGAAGAGAGAAAUGCGGCCAAGCGCCAUCACGAGUACGUGCACUCAGACCUCCAACCCAAGGGACGUCUUCUUCGCAUCCAUACGCGAGAGGAUAUCACCUGGUCGAUGCCAGGCAGGAUAAUUAAGCAGUGGGUGGACUGCAGGAAGCCUAUGUCUGAGCCAAAUCGAGGCUGUCGGACGGGGAGAAUGGGGUUCUGGGUUGAGACUGAGGAGGGAUUCAAGGCGGUCCUCAUCUGCAGGCGUAAGGUCUGCGACUGGGGAGCGGGUGAGGUUGAUGAGGGGGAGCAUGAGAUGGAAGGUCAGGAGGGCGAGGAGGGUGAGAGCGACAAUUCCGCUUGA